AUCCGGGGUUGGUUCUCGGUCGGUCCAAAGCUCCUCGCCUAGGGAAGAAGAAAUCAAGCUGCAAACUUCUGCUUCAUUUCCCCGGAUUUCUGUACUAGAUCCCUUUCAUCUCCCCUUGAUCGUUACCCCUCACGGUUCCGAUCGUGAUCGUGGUUUUCCUGGAGAUCUUGGUGCCUCCGGUGUUUCUCCGCUGGAUAAAUACGGGUCUUCGUUCGUGACGGGUCAAACCCAAAGACAUCAAGCAGAUUCCUGUUCUGUCGAUGAAAAGGGUUCGUUUUGUUCGGAUCUACCGGCGAGGGUGAAGAAAAAAAAAGAAAGGAAGGAUUUUGAUUGUGUUCUGGUGGCUGGGUUGGGCGAUUUAUUUUGGUUUAAGGUCCUCCGUGUUUCGACGGACGAGAAUCUGGGAUUUACUGAGGCUUUCCGACGUUUGGAUCGUAGAAUCUCGAGCUUACACGGUUUUUGCGAAAGAUUCAUAUUGAAGUGACCAGUUCUGGUUGCCAAAGCAUCACCGUCUGGGUAUGGAGACACUAGUUGCGGUUGCGCAUCACCGGAACCAAUAUUGCAGCAGGAACAAGUCCCGGAUAACCGAUCAUUUUGGUUCCUCGCCCUCAAAAGGCUUCAGAGUGAUCAGUUGCCGGACCUUUCAGUCCGGUGGGGCUAUUUUGCAGUCGCCUCCCUCUGAAGUUUUCUCAUUUAAUAGUCAUCUGGAACGCAAAUCUUCGGGCUCUUACUCUGAACCGCCCAAAAGAAGUAGGAGAAGCAAACCCAUCCCCAUAAACCCCCCACCUACUCCAAAAGGUGCCACCUUUACCGUUGAUCUCUCUUACUGUGAGCUUUGGGCAGGACCAGCCUACUCAAAUUCACCUCCUCCCAGUUCUUUGCCAAUUCCAAAAUUUUCCCUGCGUCAAAAGCGCAGUGUGUCUCUUGAAAUCCCAGUUCCAAAAUCUGAUAUUACUCUCCAACCUAUGUCAAAAUCAGCCCCCUCUUCUCCUACCAGAGAGUCUACUUCUCCUGUCAACGACUUUCUUCUUAACAAUGCCACUGCUACGGAGAAUUUGAGACGAAUUCUCCACUUGGAUAUCAUUGAUGACUAAAGGAAACGGAGGACUUAGAGUUUUGUAUAUACAUAUCUGCUGUUUUAACCUGUAUAGGUGGUAACAAUUAACUUAUGGGUAGCUUGUGGCUUUGCAUGUUAACUGAAUAUGGUGGUACCUGCCAUCGUCUUCAUUGUCUCUGAAAUUUAGGUAGUUGAUCUGUUGUUCGGAGUCGGAUGUCAGUAGCAAAGUUCUUUUUCUAUUCUGUCUGGUCCUCCUUUUAGGUGUUCUGUACAUCUUAUAGGUUCAGUAAUUGUUUCUAGGUGUGUCUUUAGGCUAUCUGCAUCUCUCAUUUCUGUUCUAGCAAAACUGACUUUCUGUAAUCAUGGCCAACUUCUCUGUUAAUCUAGGUUUUCUUGUUUAUCUUGCACCCCCUUCUUGACCAUCACUCUUGGCCUAACUUCUGAUGCAAUGUUAUCAAAGUUCCCCUUGCCACUUCUUCUGGUUUUUUGGAUGAAGAGGCUGGACAGGCUGGAACUGCGAUCUCUACCCUUAUGCUGUAUCUACUCUAUAUGUCAUAGAUGAUGGUUGUCAUUUUCCAAGUUAUUUGUUUGUCUAAAUUACGUUAUAGCUUGUCUCUUCAGACUUGUGGUAGAAGUGUCUUAGGUAGUGUUGUUUAGCUUCGACGAUAGAUUGUCAUCCAUGUCGGUUGUUUGUUAGCUUUGGUUUGUGAUGCAUGACAUCAACGGGAGUGCCUCAAUGCUGUGCAAAGGAAGACUGGAACUGCAACCACGUUAAGGUGACUGAAGAGUAGAAGCUUGAAUAGGCCUGUUUCUUCAGCAGGAUCAGAAAUGGUUAAGCAAGCAUAUCAGCGGUUGUUGCUGGUUUUCAAUUUACAUGAUACCUUGUAUUAUAUUGUUGAGCUAGUCCAUAUGCACAUUGUUGGUGAUCAUGUUAGCUUUUAUGUAUUUAUCUAGUUGUAAUGUUGUGUUGUUGAGGACCAACUUUCUCCAACUAAGGCUUUGGCCUCUGGAUCCAUAGGUUUGACUUUGAGUACUUGUUGAAUGUAGUAUUUCGUAUUUUACUAGCUGUACUU